CUUUCACUGCCAAUGUCGCCACAAGCGCAGAAGAGCUACAACUCAAGCCUUGAAGGCAAGCUGAGCUCCACUAGUGGUGAAAGGAAGGCCAUCCAGGCAGCGGUUGAGAGCUACUAUGCGCUUCCAGGGGUGCCAGAUGAUGAGUGUGAGUCAGUGGAUCUCCAAGACUUCUUCAACAAGAAUGGCGUGAUGAUUCCUGACAGUCCACGGAACUGGGUCCUGCUCGCAUCCUUGCGAAGGCCACUCUCAAGGAGUAAGCCUUCCACGGAGAAGCAUGGAUCUUUGUCCACCAGGCAACAACUCUUAAACUCCCAGAAUUCCCUGGAGAACGCGCGGAAGAGGGCGCAAUUUCAGCGAAAGGCCACUAGCCAGUUCCAAGGCCAGGCAAACGCCUGUACUGUGAAUAUUCAGCGCCUGCGCCAUUUGCAUCUGAUUUUUCAGCCAUUGGAAUAUGUGCCAUCGGGCCCAAUUUUUAAGAAGCACAUCGCCCAGGUCUACAUGGAGGAUGCAACGGCUUUAAACCCGGAGGGGGAAGACCCAGAAGAGCAGACUCUGAUGAAUAAAGGUACUGGUAGCGCAAUGAACAACGACCAGCGGGCUUUGCUGCAUCUGAUCUUUCGAAAGUCUAUCAUGAAGGUCACAGCAAAAGGUGGACGAGCGACUUUGAUGUACAGGUGGACGUGGUUUCGCUUUUUGAUUCAUUGCCAAUUGAUUGGUCCGGAUGGUUCGUGGGAUAUGAAGACACCCUCCGAGACGAAAGUUCCCUGGAGUUUGGCAGUCAAGAUCUUCAAGCUGUUUCAGGAGCCCAACAGCCAGCCACCCGCCCUGAGUUUCAGCGGUUGGGCCAAUGCACUGCAAGCAGCCAUCCGAGCGAAAGGGCUCUAUACCACUGCACCGGAAGUGAUUGAGGCGGUCUUUUCGACCUUCAUUCCACGCGCACAGAUGCAAAUGGGCAUCUCAGAUCAGGAGGCCAGCAAAGAAGGAGACCGGAGCCACUCGAUAUCAAGUCGGCAAAACUCCCGAACUUCUUCCAGGGCAAUGUCCAGAUCCUUUUCCCGGGGCCAGAGUCGCUCGAUGUCGCGGUCCCUGUCACGUUCGCAGUCGCGGGGCAUGUCCCGAAGCAUGUCCCGGAGCAUGUCGCGCAACGUGGGCCGAAGCUCCUCUAGAGCACUAAGUGUUUUCAGCACGGGUGGCUCAACUUGCGGGGAGGACUCUGAUGACGAGACCAUGACGGACGACGGCAAGCUGCCCCUGGUUUGGCAAAUCAACUUAGCGGAACAACAGAUUUGCGAGCCCGAGUGCUUGCAAUUGCUCCAUGAGUAUUCCAGACUCCUAGAGAUCCUAUUCCAUCACUAUGCAGACGGGGAUAAGAUGUCCCAGGAUAUGUUCACCGUAUUGCUGAAGGAGUUGCGUUUCUUUCCCGAUUUUUGUCAACGCUACUCUUUGAAGAAGCACCUGAAUGCGACAGAAGUAAGGUAUAGUGAAGCAGAGCUGGGUUUUGCUCCCUUUGUUGAGACUUUGUGCCGCAUUUGCUUUUGUUUCUUGAACAUCUAUGGCAACACAGCGCAGCAACUUGCAGCUUCCAAGUACAAGAUGCUGUGGGUGUUGGCGCUACUGGAGGCGAGAUUGCCAAGGAAAUUCCGCAAAAAUGCCACAGAUCAUGGUGAAGAGAGUGAACCCCUGGAUCACAUCCAACCGCAGGGUGCUGACUCCUUGUGGCAUCAGAGAAAUGCGGACUUCGACAUCUCAGUUUGUGACAACAAGGACAUCAUUUUGUGGGUAACCAUGGAAAAACUGGCGAAUGCAUUGCCAAUUCUACAGGCACAUGUUGGUGGUGCUUCCACUAUGGAAAAUGAAAUCGACAGGGCCUUGUCCAUGCUUCGACGCUGAUGGCCCGAUACUUUUUGUGGAGGUUGAGUGGCGCUUGACGCUUUUUGUAUAGCUUUCUGUGGUAUUUCUGCGGCUAAACUUGCUGAAUUCGCCCCGGCCCUUAAAGGGCAGGAAAAAGAAUGGAUGACCACAGGAAAAGACGAAUACACAGCUGCUUGCUGACACAGUAUUUUGCUUUUAAAGCAUUUGUAGCACAGGACGUUUUUCUUGGCAACAUUC